GCAGUAGAGACUUGCAGCACAAGCAGCACAAGAAGGGACACAGCCGCAGAACUUGGCAACAGUCAAUUGCCUAGGGCCCUUUCCAUCUCAUCGCGACAAUGUCUGAACCUGAACCCCGCCGAUCGGUCAGGGCCACCAAAGGCCAGCACAAAGCUUUGGAGCAACUCGACCAGGCCAUCGAGGCCCCGAAGCGGCGAGGCGGCGGCGGCAAGCGGGGCAAGAAGACAGCACCUGAACCCGAGGAACCCGAGGAGGAAGUCAUCCGCUGCGUGUGCGGCGCCACAGAGCAAGAUGAAGAUUCCGGCGAACCAUGGAUUGCAUGCGAUCAAUGCGGGGCGUGGCAGCACAAUAUAUGCAUGGGCAUGAGCCAGUACACAGAGGAUCUACCUAAGGAAUACUUCUGUGAAAUCUGCCGGCCCGAGAAUCACAAGGAGCUGCUUGCCGGCGUGGAGAAGGGCGAACGGCCGUGGGAGGCUCGCCGCAAGGCCUACGAAGAGGAGAAGCUGGAGAAAAAGAAACGAGGUCCAAAGAAGACCAAGAAGAGAACUAGCGACCUUAAGGAGGAUGCCUCUCAGAAGUCGAAGCAGUCACCCCCUCCGGCCCCCGAGCCCAAAAGGGAGUCAAAAGGGGCUGGCCAAAAGCGUAAAAAUGUGGAUGGCGCGCAGGACAAGGAGACCAAGAUUCGGAAGGUCAACGAGACUCAGUCCGUCCCUGCGCCAGGAUAUUCCCCUCCAGCAGAUGUCCCCGCCAAGAUCACCGAGCUGCCAGACACGCGUCAGGGACCUGCAAAGGCCUUGUCAAAGUCGCUUGUCCAUGCACUCACUGUUGUGGAAAAGAAGGGCACCCCUCCGCCCUCGGACGGCAUGUCUCCAGCUGAGCGUGCCGAGCGGCUUGCGCUCCAAAUCGAGCGUGCCGUUCUUGACAGCCAUCCUUCUCAAAGCGCGUAUGCCAGCCAAAUUCGGACCUUAGCCUUCAACCUCAAGAGCAAUCCCGAGCUAUGCUCUCGUCUUCUUGAGCGAACCUUGACUCCGCCAAUGCUUGCGGUCAUGUCGACAGAGGAGCUCGCCUCAAAGGAGCUGCAGAAGGAGACGGCCGAGAUGCGGGCAAGGGCAGAGAAACAGGCCAUCAAGAUUACGGAGGACGUCCCUCGCAUCCGGAGAACCCACAAAGGUGACGAGAUCAUUGGCGAUGAUGGCUUCACCCUGGCAAGUGACGAAGUUCCAUCGGCACCAGUUCGUCGGCCAUCUGCUCCCAAGCAGGAGCCAAAGGACACACCAGAAUUCCCUGCGCAAGCUGUCCAAUCUCGGUCACCCAGUCUGGCCGUAGAUACACAGCACUCGCCGAACCGGGCGAAUUUCGACCUCAACAAAGUCUUCUCCAGUGUCAAGUCGCCGACGGUUCCUCAGAACCAAGGCCUGCCGCCCCUCGCCACUGCUCCAGUCGGCGGGCCCGGAGUCGAUCCUGAUGUUGACCGCCUGCUGGAGGACGGUAGUCAAUCCCCACCGUAUUCACCAAAAGAGGAGCACGAUCCUUAUGUGGUGUGGCGUGGGACCCUACACAUGAACGGCAUAGCCAAGUUGCAAGUUGCCGCCAAGCAUAUUGGCGGUGCCAACCUGAACGAGACAAUCGGGCUGCCAUGGGACAAGCUGCUUCCAAAGACUUUGACUGUCUGCGGGCGCAUCGAUGAGCAACAGGCCACCGUUUAUCUUUGCAGCUUACGGUAUAGUUUGCCCACGGAUAUCGUUGUGGUCAAUCUCGAGCCUACAUCGCAAGCGGCCAGAGCCGACAUGCGAAAGCUGGUUGACUAUUUCGUCUCAAAGAAGCGGUAUGGCGUGGUCGGUGACAAGGGAAUUGCCAACGUCCGCGACACGUACCUAGUGCCUGUCUUGCCUGGUGGCAUCGACAGCCAGCCAGAGUUCAUGUUGAACUUAGCCGACAACUACAUUCCUGAAACGAGGACGGAGCCCAUGAUGCUUGCGGUCUUCGUCUACCGCAACGAUCCAGAGACGAUUCAGCGCAUCCACGGCGCGGCUAAUCCGACUACAUCCCAAGCCGAAACCCAUGCCCAAGGCCCACCCAUUACGAGCUCUGGAUACGUGCAAUCACCUGGAACUCCGACGCCGACCCAAGCAGGGUUCCCCCUUACCGGUCGGCAGUCAGUUUCCGGACCAUCUUUUUCGCCCACAUCUCCCCAGGGCCCGUUGCCGACGUACCCGUCGCCCAGGAACAGCAUGCCGCCUCAGCAGCCACGGCCAGUGCAUACACCUGCUCCGCCCAGUCAAAAUCUUGUAACGCAGACUCCUGACAAGAACGAGUUGCAAAGACAGGGGGAGGCUAUGGCGCGAGAAGUUUUAGGUCACCUCAUUAGUAGUCCGACGGUUGCCUUCCUUCUGCCACAGGCGCAUGCGAUGGCGCGCAAGGAGUGGGAAGUCAUCAAGAGGAUCUACGACCAGGACCCGAGGGCGCGGGAUGACCUCCCAUAUUUGGGCAGCGUUCUGGAGAAGUUGAAUAGGGAGCACCCUCCAGAUCAGUCCCAACAGCCACCAACUGGCGUGCCCCAAGCGUCACCACCACCUCCACAGCAACCACCCCAGCAACAGCCACAGGCACCCCCGACACAACACCACCAACAACCACCGCCUCCCCCAGCACGCCAUACCAACCCCAUCCCACCUCCCCCUAUCCCGCAUCUUGGUGGAGUGCCCGGUGGCGUCCCGCCAAGACAGACCCCUAUCCCGCCGCCGCCGAUUCCCCCUCAUGCCGCGACUGCCGGCGCUGGCCCCCGGGCAUAGGAUGCCGUCGGUGGCCAGCCCAGACAGACUCCUAUCCCGCCUCCCCAAGUUCCCCCUCGGUUUUGAAUGGCUUCGCCAUUGCCGCUAAUGCUAUUGGUGCUCCUCGUUGAGAGCAAUGAAGCUUGCUCUGU